UCUCCAGCUUAGAAAUAGUGGGGAAGGCUGCGGUGGCGACGCAGCCAAUUUACAUCUUAAGUGUAGACGCGUUAUUCCAGAGCUGCGGAAAGUGCAAAAGUAUUGAAAAUGACUGCGAUUGUUUGGAUAUUUUACCUAACAGCACUGUAUGUGCGGUGUAAUCCCAGCCCUUUGGAGGACGUGACUGUUGAUCGCUAUUCUGUUCCCAAAACUUGCGCUAGAGAAGUAGAAAAUGGAGAUCACGUUCGCUAUCAUUACAACGGCACGUUCACGGACGGCAAGCAGUUUGAUUCGAGCUAUGACCGGGGCAGCCCUUUCAGUGGCCAGAUCGGCCUGGGUCGGCUAAUCGCCGGCAUGGACCGUGGAAUCCAGGGCAUGUGCAUCAAUGAGCGCAGAAGGAUCACCGUGCCUCCACACCUGGCGUACGGCAGCCAGGGAGCAGGCAAAGUGGUUCCUCCGGACACAACUCUUGUGUUUGAUGUGCUCCUGCUGGAUAUCUGGAACACUAAGGACAAGGUGCAAACGCAUGUUCUCUACAAACCCGAACACUGCAACCGCACUGUGCAGAGCUCCGACUUCGUCCGCUAUCACUACAAUGGGACUCUGCUGGAUGGCACGCCCUUUGACUCAAGCUAUAACAGGAAGCAGACCUACAACACCUAUGUUGGGAAGACAUGGCUGAUCCAAGGCAUGGAGGAGGGGCUUCUGGGCAUGUGUGUGGGCGAGAAAAGGAACAUCAUCAUUCCUCCGUUCCUGGCUUAUGGAGAUACUGGAUAUGGCACCGUGAUCCCUCCCCAUGCCAGUCUGACAUUCGAUGUACUGCUGGUGGAUAUGCACAACCCCAAGGAUGACAUCAUCGUGGACAGCCAGGUGAUACCAGACCCCUGCACACGGAGGUCCGUAGCUGGGGACUUCAUGCGCUACCACUACAAUGGGACUUUCCUGGAUGGCACAGUGUUCGACGCGAGUUACCUGAGGAACAGUACGUACAAUACCUACAUCGGCUUGGGCUAUGUGAUCCCAGGCAUGGAAAAGGCCCUUCUAGGAGUGUGUGUAGGAGAGAUGAGGCGUGUCACCAUACCUCCACACCUGGCCUAUGGGGAGAACGGAGCUGGUGAGGACAUCCCCAGACACGCAACGUUGGUCUUUGACAUCCAUGUCAUUGAUUUCCACAACCCCAAGGAUACAGUAGAGAUCCAGGUCACUCACAAGCCUGUAGAGUGCAACCUGACCAGUGACUCCGAUGACUUGAUCCAGUACCACUACAACUGCUCCCUGCUGGAUGGCAUGCUUCUCUUCUCUUCAAGGGACUACGAAAAACCACAGGAAACCCUCCUGGGGGCCAACAAGGUGAUCGAUGGCCUGGAUCAGGGGUUACGGGGGAUGUGUGUGGGUGAGAAGAGGGUGGUUAUUGUGCCGCCCCACCUGGGCCAUGGAGAGAAAGGAGCGGGUAUCGUCCCGGGCAGCGCAGUGCUGCACUUUGAGGUGGAACUGUUGACUCUCCAGAAGGGUGUGCCACCGGGCUUCCUGUUCGUGUGGCUCGUGGAAAGCCCAGCAGACCUCUUCCAGGCUUUGGACGUGAACAAAGACGACGUGGUGCCCCUGGAAGAGUUCUCAGCAUUCAUUAAGGACCUGGUGGCAGAGGGUAAAGGUCGCCUCCGGCCUGGUCAGGACCCUGACGAGGUCAUCAGGGACAUGUUCCAUAAUCAGGACCGUAACCGGGACGGCAAGAUCAUCGCGGAUGAACUGAAGCUGAAAGCGCAGGAGGAUGCAGAAAGGUCCAGACAUGAGGAACUGUGAGAGCGGGGGUGUUCGGAUGGAACCUGUGGUCAAGAUGGAACUAGGAAGGGGUGUGCACCCCCCAUCACAGCCAUCAGUGAUAUACAAAUUAGUCUGCCUUCACCACAUUAAUCCAAUAACUGGCCUGUUAUCAAAUUUGUCAACUGUCUAAAUGCAACAUUGUUAAACACACAUACACAGAAACACACUUGCUUCCUCAGCAUUUAAAGUGAAGGUAGUUCUGUGAAAACAUUGUGGGCAGCCUUUACUGUAGCAGAAUCCAUGCUUGUUUGAAACGGUUGCCAAUUUUGAGGGCCCACUGUUUCAAGUCAAACAACUAGUUCCAGGCCCUGACUUCAUGAUUAGGUCCUACGGCUGGCUUCCUUGUUGCCAUGUCAUAACUUAUGUGAUAUCACUAGCAGCAUCAGGUAUCAGUUUUGGGGGGUGCAGGGUGUCCAUGGGAUUUGAUAGAACAAGCAAGUUUGAGAGAGAAUUUGAACAAUUUUCUCCCAAAACAGUAAAAACAUAGAUGGCCCUAGUGAACCCUGGCAGGUGAGCAUCUAGAGUGCAUUUGCUCGGAUGCAGAGCAUGCCGUGACUGAUGGAAGUAGUCAGCGUGGCUUUGUGUGUAUAUCUGCAAGGAUUACCGACGAAGGUUUGCAUUUUUGUACUUGGUCACAGAAUAAACGACUGUUUUGUAGGAA